AUGCACCCUGAUAAUUGUGCAAUGACAUUCGGGAUCGUCGAUGCUGCAUGGUCACGCGCCGCAGCGGCACCAUCUAGCCACCGCGCCCAACCUUCACAAAACACGACGCUCCAGCACCGGUACCCAAACAAGUGGUCCACCAUCGCCUGCUUCCUCCCGGGCCGCACCGACAUUGACACCAUGAACCGCUGGAACUCCGUCCUCUGCAAGCAGCAGACGCAAGAACCGGCGGCUGCCACCCGCCUCGGGGACUCGACGCUCCCGCUGUUUCCUCUCGCGCCCGGGGAUGUCAGGACGAGCGGCAGAGACAGCCCGGUGCUCGACUACUACCCGCCCACGGAGACCAGCGACCCGGGGGAUGACCAGAGCGGAUCGUGCCUCGUGCUGUUCCCGCUGGCGCCCGGGGAUCUCAUCAGGGGCAACGAUGCGAGCGACGCCGGGGCGAUGGAUGUGGAUUAUGGCGUUGGAGACCCGCUCACCGAGCUGAGGCUCUGGCCGUCCACGACCACGAGGACCACGAAGAUGGCGGAGUUCAAAGCGAUGGUGCAAGCUGUUCGGGGGCCCUAG